UGUAAUGCGGUGAAGUCACAAAGCCCUCGGGGAUGGGGGAAAGGGGAGAGAGAAGGGUGGGGGGAGGGAGAGAUGCAGGAUGGUGGCGGCAAGAACAGGAGCGCCGGCCACGCUACCGCGGCGCUGGGGAGAGGCGUGAGACGGAGGGGGGUGUAGAUAAAUAAAACCUGGCUUCGUUUAGCAACCUCCUUCCCUCCCCUUCCCGCAAAGCUUCGAAGCAGCGGCAGGUCUCUGGGCGAGGCAGCCGAAGCGCAGGGGCCGCGGCCUCUCCUCAUUCUUUUCGCCCCGGUCCGGAGACGGGAGGUCGUGAAGAGCCGGGAAUGCCUCGGCGCCGCCACCGUUUUCUCCUCUGACCGGGCUUCGGCUCCUUUCUUUCGGCCUAUGCCUCCCCCGCCGCUAAAAUAACCAGCAGCCGCCCCCCCUCCUCCUCCUCUUUCCAAAGGUGUAUAUUUUUUAUUUAUUUUUUAUUUAUUUUAUUUUUUUAACCCUCCCCGAGGUGGGAAGAAAGGAAUCCUCCGCUGCCGCCUCGCCUCGCCUCGCACCAGCCGCGCGCACCCUUCGGUCCGCCGAUCUCCGAAUCCGCCCCCGCCGUCGGUCGAGAUGGCGGACCCCGCCGAAUGCAGCAUCAAAGUGAUGUGCCGGUUCCGACCCCUCAACGAGGCGGAGAUCCUGCGCGGGGACAAAUUCAUCCCGAAAUUUAAAGGCGAGGACACGGUCGUCGUCGGGCAAGGGAAACCCUAUGUUUUUGAUAGAGUAUUGCCUCCCAAUACAUCCCAGGAACAAGUUUAUAAUGCCUGUGCCAAACAAAUUGUUAAAGAUGUUCUUGAAGGCUACAAUGGAACUAUUUUUGCAUAUGGUCAAACGUCUUCAGGAAAAACACAUACUAUGGAGGGGAAACUGCAUGACCCGCAGUUGAUGGGAAUAAUUCCAAGAAUUGCACAUGACAUCUUUGAUCACAUUUAUUCCAUGGAUGAAAAUCUAGAAUUCCAUAUAAAGGUUUCCUAUUUUGAGAUUUACUUGGACAAAAUAAGGGAUUUAUUAGAUGUUUCAAAAACCAACCUUGCAGUACAUGAAGACAAAAACAGAGUACCAUAUGUCAAGGGCUGCACCGAGAGAUUUGUAUCUAGUCCUGAAGAAGUUAUGGAUGUCAUUGAUGAAGGGAAAACAAACCGUCAUGUAGCUGUUACCAACAUGAAUGAACACAGUUCUAGAAGUCACAGUAUCUUCCUAAUUAAUAUCAAACAAGAGAAUGUGGAAACUGAAAAAAAACUCAGUGGGAAACUUUAUCUGGUAGAUCUUGCUGGGAGUGAAAAGGUCAGCAAAACUGGAGCUGAGGGAUCUGUUCUUGAUGAAGCUAAAAAUAUUAACAAGUCUUUGUCUGCACUGGGUAAUGUGAUUUCAGCAUUGGCAGAAGGAACUAAAACUCACGUCCCAUAUCGAGAUAGCAAAAUGACCCGAAUUCUCCAAGAUUCCUUAGGUGGUAACUGUAGAACCACCAUUGUCAUAUGUUGCUCCCCAUCCAUUUUCAAUGAAGCAGAAAGCAAGUCUACUCUAAUGUUUGGACAAAGAGCGAAAACAAUUAAGAAUACAGUUUCUGUGAAUCUUGAGUUGACUGCUGAGGAAUGGAAAAAGAAAUAUGAAAAAGAGAAGGAGAAAAACAAGACAUUAAAAAAUGUUAUCCAGCAUCUGGAGAUGGAACUGAAUAGGUGGCGGAAUGGAGAGGCAGUACCAGAGGAAGAGCAGAUCAGUGCAAAAGACCAGAAGAACUUGGAACCAUGUGACAAUACGCCUAUCAUUGAUAAUAUCGUUCCCGUUGUUGCCAGCAUCUCAUCUGAGGAGAAGCGGAAAUAUGAAGAAGAGGUUACUAGUCUCUACAGACAGUUGGAUGAUAAGGAUGAUGAAAUUAACCAGCAGAGUCAAUUGGCUGAGAAACUAAAACAGCAGAUGUUGGAUCAAGAUGAACUCUUGGCUUCCACCAGGAGAGAUUAUGAGAAAAUACAAGAGGAACUUACUCGUCUUCAGCUUGAAAAUGAAGCUGCAAAAGAGGAAGUUAAAGAAGUUCUCCAGGCUUUGGAGGAACUCGCUGUUAAUUAUGACCAGAAAUCACAAGAAGUGGAGGACAAGAUGAGAGCUAAUGAACAGCUGACAGAUGAACUUGCACUGAAAACAUCUGCUCUGUCAAGUACGCAAAGAGAGCUGGGACAGUUGCAAGAACUUAGUAAUCAUCAGAAGAAGAGAGCUACUGAAAUAUUGAAUUUAUUGCUUAAGGACCUGGGAGAGAUUGGCGGAAUCAUUGGUACUAAUGAUGUGAAAACAUUAGCUGACGUGAAUGGUGUGAUUGAAGAAGAGUUUACCAUGGCACGACUGUACAUCAGCAAAAUGAAAUCUGAAGUGAAAUCUCUGGUGAAUCGCAGCAAACAGCUGGAGAGUGCCCAGAUAGAUUCUAAUAGAAAAAUGAAUGCCAACGAGAGGGAACUUGCUGCCUGUCAGCUCCUCAUCUCUCAGCAUGAAGCAAAGAUCAAGUCUCUUACAGAUUAUAUGCAGAAUAUGGAGCAGAAGCGAAGGCAGUUGGAAGAAUUGCAGGACUCUCUUAAUGAAGAGCUGGCCAAAUUGCGGGCACAAGAAAAAAUGCAUGAAGUCAGUUUCAAAGAUAAAGAGAAGGAACAUCUGACUUUGUUACAAGAUGCAGAGGAAAUGAAGAAGACCCUGGAGCAACAGAUGGAGAGUCAUAGGGAAGCUCAUCAGAAGCAGCUCUCUCGAUUACGAGAUGAGAUUGAGGAGAAACAGAAAAUUAUCGAUAAUAUCAGAGAUAUGAAUCAGAAGUUGCAGCUGGAACAAGAAAAACUGAGUUCAGACUAUGAAAAAUUAAAAAUAGAAGACCAAGAGCGGGAAAAUAAAUUGGAAAAACUUAUAUUACUUAAUGAUAAGAGGGAACAAGCAAGGGAGGAUCUAAAAGGACUGGAAGAAACUGUGGCUCGAGAACUUCAAACUCUUCACAACUUACGUAAACUCUUUGUUCAAGAUCUCACCACCAGAGUAAAAAAAAGUGUUGAAUUGGACAGUGAUGAUGGAGGUGGAAGUGCUGCCCAGAAGCAGAAAAUCUCCUUCUUGGAAAACAACCUGGAACAACUUACAAAAGUUCACAAACAGUUGGUACGUGACAACGCGGAUCUUCGUUGUGAACUUCCAAAGCUGGAAAAACGACUUCGAGCUACAGCGGAGAGAGUGAAGGCCUUGGAAAGUGCUCUGAAGGAGGCCAAGGAAAAUGCGAUGCGGGAUCGGAAACGGUACCAGCAAGAAGUGGACCGCAUUAAAGAGGCUGUCAGAGCCAAGAACAUGGCAAGACGAGCACAUUCCGCUCAAAUUGCCAAGCCUAUUCGCCCUGGUCAUUAUCCGGCAUCUUCUCCCACAGCCAUUCAUGCCAUUCGUGGAGGUGGUGCAUAUUACCAAAACACGAAGUAAAUAACAGACUUGACCAGAUGGUACUUGGCAUGUAGAAGGUUGUCAUCAAUUCACCACUACUUUUUUUACGGAGAACUGGAACUAUAUUUCUGUUUGUUGUACAUGUUCUAUAGCCAUCGGCAAUGCACCGGUUUCAAAUGUUUCAGCUUUGUCCCAUCUCCAUAUGUACAGAAGUGUGUCCAAUACACUUUUCCCUUUCCAAACCUUGUACAGUGUAUCUAACACAUUAUCCUAGGGUAGUAAUACCCUGAGUCUGCUGCUCAAUCCCUGUCAUUGACUGACUGCAUUUUACCCCUCUGUGCCACUCUUGUGGAAGAUUCUGUGCUUGCACUGAUGCUGUUUUGUUCUCUUUUAAGUACUUUGGUGCAUCAGCAGAAAUGUGACAUCCAAGAAUUAGCCAUCGAACAACCAUAGCAACAAACCAGAUGAUUGGAUUCCAUCACUGAGUUUUUUUUGAUUUUCUGUUUAAUAUGUGCAUCAUUUUAUAUUUUUAGAAAUUGACAGGGUGCAGCUAUAUAGUUUGAAAAUAGCCUACCCUCCAAUCUGCUUUCAAAAAAAAUUAAAGUACCUCAAAUAGUGCAUUUUUAUUACCCUGGUGAAAUGUUGAAUUUAUUUUAAAAGGGUAGAGAGGAAAAGCUAAAUUAUGAGUACAUUUGCUUGAUAGAGAUCAGAUAACAGUAGAGAUAUAGAAGGAUGCAAAAGAACAUGGUUAGCAUAGUUUUAGUCUUAAAAUCCAAUGAUCAUAUGGGUUCAUCAUAAUCUCAAAGUUUAGGAUUUAAUCUAUAAUGUCCCUUACUGAUCUUCAGGUGAUUAUGCAGAAGCAAUGGUUUUGAUUAAUAUGAAUAUUAAAAGUAAAUUUAGAAUAGCGGGUGAAAGUCUAAUUUCUCCUUGAUUUUCAGAGAUCAUAGUAGAAGUCAGAAAUGUGGGGAAAAUUCUUCUCUAAUAAGAUUAAGAACCCUUUUCCAAAGGGUUGACUAGGAAUAGGUAUGCAUGUUUAGAGUUCAGAGGAAAAACAAAAAGGAAGAAUGAUUGAAAUAAUGUUAUCAAAAUCCUGAGCAUUUAUAACAUUAGAUGCUGGUACUGAACCUUACGGCAGUCUGCCCAAGAAAAUGGUGUAGUACACCCUCAUUGUAUUCUUACUUAAUGACAGACAUGAAGUAUUAAGUUUUAUUUUAAGUGGAAGACAUGGCUAACCAUAGAACAGGUAGAAACAAGUGUUACAUCUGCAGCUUAAUGUGUCGGUUAUAUUUAUUUUGCAUAUUUUUUAUAUAUACAUUGAAAACCAUGCAUAGGAACAUGUGCUUUUUCAAAAGAAUAUGAGGUUCGAAACUGAAUUUCAAUUUACAUUCAUUCCAUUCUGUCGCUGUGGCUUUCACUAAAAUUAACAGUAAAUUGGGGGCUGCUAAUUUUUUGGGGGAGGGAAUACUUUUACCUAAAAAGCUAUUCUGCUUAUAAAGCCUUUAAAAAGAUGGUUAUCAGAUAUUUUAUCACGAUAUAGGUUAGGCAUUCGACUGUAGCAAAGAUUGUUGGAUCUUAUUUAAUUUAUUAAGGAUUGCACUAAUUGUGAGGGAAGGGAGAAACUUUCGUGACAUGUUUAAUGAAAGACCUUAUUUUGCAUUUAUUUUGUUAUUUCUUUUUGUAAAUGUUUGUGUUUUUAAAUGUUGUUACACAUGUAUAUACACUGUCCACCACUUGAAGUUUGAAUUUGCCAUAUUCAGUCCUGUUUCUGGGAUUAAUGAGGCCAUCUUUUUAGUUGUAAAUUGUUGAACACCAAGUUACACGCACACACAUGAAGUUUACACGCAUAAAGCUCCCAGUUAGGAAAAAAAAAAAAAAAAUCCCAGAAAAAUAUUUGAGGAAAUUUCAGCUAGGACAUCCUAAUAGGAUGUGCAUCAUGGAGGAUGUUUCAAGUAAUCUCACUAUAGCUAUUUUCAUAGGCAGAUGAGCUCUUAGAAUGCACAGUUAAUGAGGUUUUAUUUUAAAACAUAUUUUAAAUUAUCUCUUUUUGUGCAUUUAAAUAAUAUUGUUUUAAGAUGUUUUGAUACUGUGAAUGCAAGCACUAUACCUGAUCAAUCCCCACUGAUAGGAAUGAGAACUGGAUACUGUGGUUUGACAUUAAGCACUUUUGAAAUAAAAAAUUGUGAGGUUAAUAUGAUGUAAGGAUGUAAGGAAAAGUUAGCUUUGAUGCCACAAAAUUGUUAGUUGCUGAUCAGCCAGUCAGUUCUUCUAACUUAAGCCUCUCCUUGACUGAGGCCUCAGAACUAAUUUUUCCGUUUUGGAUCAAAGAUGGCAGAUUAUCUUCUGAAAUGGGACACAAAGACACAGUACAUUGCAAUGCUUAGGGAUGUAUUUUGAAAAUGAGCCACACACUUUUAUUAUGUUAUUGACUCACUGCUGCUAGAAUUCAUUUGUGUGAUAUUUCUAAGCCAUUCUUUUAAGUUUUUGAUGCUAAUUUUACAGUAUGUUUGUAUUGCUUCCAAAAUGCUAGAGAUUUGAUUAACUCUUUAAAAAGUCCUUUUCCCUUUUGCUUCUUUUAUAGUUACAGUUUGACUGGCAUUCUUUAAAUGAUAGAAAGGUUUUGAGUUUAAUUCUUGAAAACUCAAAAACUAUAUUACAUAUUUACAGAAUUUUCUGACUGAAAGUGAAGCUUGUUUCUAAUUUCAAUCAUACUUUCUUUAUAGUCUCAUUUUUAUUUAUGUACAUCCUUGGGCUAACUUUUUAAUUUAGCCUUCUGCCACUGAGACAGUGGAAAGAUUCUGAUCACAGUUGCUACAUUCUGCUGAAUUAAGUUAGGAAUGGAUUAUUCUGAAUUAAUUAGCUUGACAUAAUGUAAACUGUAUUAAUAUCUAAAAGCUGGCUUUAAAAUCCGUUCCCAUAGUCAAUGAAUGAAAAAGCGCACACAACAACAUAUUUUGUUACUUCAUUUAUAAAUGAAAGUACUUCCUUUCUUCAAAAACAACACAGCCCCAAAGCUUAUCUUUCAUAUAGCAAAUAUGUAUCUUGUUUAUUAGGUUUAUUCCACAAAAGGAACUGUAACUUUUGAGGGUUAACUUGGUCUCUCUACCCUCAUCAUAGGCUGUGUUGAAAAACAGGUUGUGCAGUGUAAACUGUAGCUUACUAAAUUGGCCCCUAAGCCUUCAUAGUCUGAGGCAAGAAUAUGAACAUGUUUUCAAAAUAAUAAAUCUGUUCACGGCAGAAUUGUGGGAUGAUACCUUAUUGGAAAGCAAUCUGUUAUGGUUUCCUAUAAUGCCUUUUUGAACCAAGAACACAAAGGAUAAUUGUCUUUUUAGGCACCCAUACAAAACUAUUUCUAAGAUUGUGUCUUACACCUAAAUAAUUGUGUCUGUCAUUUUUUAAAACUUCUUUUAAUAGUGGACGAUGUGAAGGAAGAAUAGGGAUUGAGGCAUUCUGUAGAAGUAUACAUGUCUAGUUUGUAACGUGUGUAGUGUGUAUUCCAGAUGUGUAUUCUCUGGGACCUAUGUAUCUGUACAAUAGCUUGUUUUAGGGGGAAAUGAAAUGUGGAUCCUUUUUCUGAUGGUUACAAUCUCUGGGGGAAAUUUCCACUAUUACAUAAAAGAUGCUGUAAUGAAUUAAGCUCUAUAACAGCAAACCUAAAUCUCCCCUUCCUUCUCUAUAGUUAAGUCUUUGGAUCUUGGUUCUAAAAUACUAUCUAUCAAACUGUAUGGAUACACUCGCAGACUGCAUGAUGUAUCAUUCAAAACCUGUUUAAGUAGAAAUAAAAUUGAAGUAAACUCUUU